CAACUAUUUAGAUAACCGCAAAAUUUGGUAGAGAUUACAUUGAUUACCCUCGUCGUACAUGAAAUACAUAGAAGUUUGGCAUUUAACAGCAUUCGCUAUUUACCAGUUGAUAUUCUCGAUAUUCUACAAUUAUUUACAAUGUUGGAAGACGAGCAAAUUAGCAAUAUUUCUCGCCUUCUGGUUCAGCAAGAUUCAAUAAUUCCCUUGGAUCAACGGUCCGAAGUUUAUGACAGCCUGGGCAUUAGCCACAGCCUUUAUUCAGCUUGGGAUAUGCGGUUCCAAAGAGGUGAGAUACAAAUGUACGAGUUGAAUAAGCGGAUGCUUAACCAGUGGCGAAGUUCCAAAGGGAAAGAAGCAAGCCUUCACAAUCUAAUUACCAAAUUUCAACAGUUGGGAUUGCUUGGUGCUGCAGACUUAUUAGAAGAGAAAGGCGGUGUAACGUCGUCUCACUACCCAUUUUCGUCACGUAGUUCGACCUUCUCUGGCGACCCGUCCUCCUGCCAUUCACAAACCUCUGCAUCAACACCCUGGUCACUUGUUUCGAGAAAUUUAGAGCUUGGGCACUAUCUCGACCAAGGGUCCUUCAGCGAAGUUUAUAUCGCCAGGUCAGCGUUCGAGCAGGGAGAAUAUGCUAUCAAACGUAUUUCAGUGGGGAAAUUUAUAAAAUUGAUUGAAAAAACAAAAAACAUUGCUCCUCGUUAUUUCGAAAAUCUUUUAAGGGAAGUGAAGGCAAUGGCUAAAUGUAAAAAGUGUCCAAACAUCGUUGUAUAUCACGACGCAUGGUUUGAAAGACCCCGAGAGAAGGAUUUUCAACCCCACUUGCAGAAUAAUUGUCGCUCCGUAGACCUCUGGGAGAGGGACAAAUGGGGACAUCACAAGAUACACAAGCAAGACAUUGAUACAUAUCUCUGUAUCAAAAUGGAGCUGUGUGACAUGAACUUAGAUCGAUGGAUGGAAGAUAACCCUCAACAACAAAGUAUGAUACAGAAGAUGAUACCAAUCUCGGAAAAUAUUGUGAUUCAGAUCUUACGAGGGCUGUCAUAUAUUCAUUCAAUGGAUUACAUACACCGAGAUAUCAAGCCACAAAAUAUUUUGAUUAAUAUCAUCGACGCCCAACUAGCUGUGAAAAUAGGGGACUUUGGACUUGCGCGUGAGUAUAUAGGAAACGAUACAAAGUACUCAAACCUGAAGGUGUUUAAUAAAGAGUUUCAAAGUCCAGAGAUGCAUCGUAGUGACGAUUACGAUCAGAAGACGGACAUUUUCUCACUGGGGUUGAUCUACCUCUCGUUACUUUGGGAUUUUGAACGGGACAUGACAAAGGCUCAAAAAAUGUUUGACCACUUGCGCGCAAAUGAAGAACAGCCAAAGAAAGAGCUUUUCGAAUUGCUUAAGCAGAAUUAUGGUAACAUGGACUUUGAAUUUCUGAAAUCAAUGUUGAAACGAAAUUCAAGUGAGCGACCCAGUGCGGCAGAAGCACUAAGGCAGCUUGACCAACCAAAGCAAUUUGCUCGAAAGUUUGAAGAUUAACGCCCUUCAGAGCAAGUGCUUAAGUCAUACAUAGAUAUUGGUGCUACAUAUAAUUGCAUUGACUUUUUCUUG